AUGGAUGCCUUCGAGGUAGUCCGCUCUUUCGGCAGAGGCAUCAAUCGCGCUGCCCGCGGCGUGCGCAACAAGGUACGCCGUGACGGACAGCCAUCAUCAUCUGAAAGCUCCCCCACCUCGUCGGCCCCAUCUCUGUCCGCUUCAUCCACCAGCGCCGAGGAACCGCACCACGAACCGACCGGCCAGCAGCCCGAUCUUGAGGCUCAGAUUCCUCCUCCUGUUCAGACGGCUUCUUCUCAAAACCACUAUGAGGCCGUCCCGCUGGCUUCACCGCCGCCUUUCACACCUACCACACCGCACCACCAGCCAACAUCACCUCCACCUCACACGGCAGCUCACUCGCAGCAUGUGCUCCCAACUCUUACCCUUACCCUGGGCCCCUCAGCCCAAGCCCCCACCCACGAUGCAUCUGAUCACUCGCAUCCACCUCAGUCUGCCGGGUCUACCGUCUCGGCCAUGUCAAAUGCCCAGACGUUGAACAACAGCAAUACUCAUAUCCAGACUCUCAAUGUACCGGCAGACCUGUCGCAGCCCGUGUCGCCGCUGUCACCACUGCCUCCAGCGAUUGUACACUCGCCAGCUUCGCCCUCAUUCAUCCCGUCUGCCAUCUCGUUUGCGCCUCAAGUCCACCCGAACUCACCCGUUCCUCAGCCUCUCAACCUAUCCGCAGGACCCUCGCCCUCUGGCCAAUACCUCCCAUCGCCACUAAACUCCCCCCUGCCGCUGGAUCUUGAGCGAUCUUCGCGAUCACUUCACACCAGAGAGAAGGAUGCCGUAUCCCUCCGAUCCCAGAGCGCCCGGCCCCGCACGUCCCGCUCCCGGCGCGACUCAGUCAUUGAAAAAGUGGCCUCCCUCGACCCCCGGCUGUCCCGUCGGCGCUCACGGAUCCUCGGGCCAAAAACGGGCAACAGUCUGAUGGACUUGCCCCCGGAGCUGCAGCUUCUCAUCAUCGACCAUCUUGAGUUCGGAGAACUGGAAAACCUGCGCCGCACGUGUCGCUUUUACCGUAACUUCCUCACCAAACAGACUAUCCGCGACCUUUUCGGCGAGCAAUUUCGCCUGGCUCUGCUUGCGCACUGCUACGUCUGUCUCAAGUACGACCCCACCCGUGGUAGUUUGCUAUGGGCCGAUUACAACCACCCGCGCUAUCCGCUCGCCAGCAAGUGUGUCGACUGCGCCUAUCAAAAGAACGAACUUUCUGUUGGAAAGAAGGUUGCUCUGGGAAACUACGCCAGUGUGUGGAUCUGCCGAUGGUGCGGUUAUCCCGUUACUAAUGCCUCCGCGCCGAACCAGCCGGAGUUCCACAAGGGCUGCUAUGAGCACUACAACAACGUGCUCUUGGUUUACUUUGUAUUGGGAUGGAUCCAGCUGUGCCUUGGCGUCGUCGCCGGCGCUCUCUGCUGGAGAUAUUUCAAGGACAAAGUGUUGGUUCUAGCGCCCUCUAUUGUCAACUUUAUUCUACUAUGGUGGUGCUUGGCGCUCCUCAUCACGAGAGGAGAGCACAAGCGCACAUAUCACCUAUCUCUGAUCCUCGAAGCUGCAAUUCUCGGGCUCUGGUGCAUGCCUCUUUACGUCUUCAUCAACCUCAACGAGGAGAAUUUCAAGGGACUCGAGGAUAGACGCGUCACCGUCACCCUGGUCUUUGUGGUCCUCAACAUGUUCUUCCGCCUGCUCAACGUACUGGGCAACCUCAUUCUCGCAUGCGAAUGGCGUCACUUUGCCAGAAACAAACCCCGCUCCACGCCCAUCACGAAGGCCCUCAGCUUCGUCCUCGCGGGACUCGUGUAUUGGACCUACCCCCAGAGCAUCGAACAGGAAUACCCCGCACAGUACCAUUUCUUCAACACCGGCCGACGGCGUAUCAAACGCAUCCUCGCCGAGCGGAACCACCAGCGACAACAGCAGCAACUUACGAUGAUGAUUUAG